CCCCUCAGCUGUGCAGCUAGGUAAACAAACAGGAGAGCAGAGGAAACGAGCAGCAGCAGGCACUUUGCUGGCUCUGGGCUCACUCUGGGAUAUUUUAUAUUGUUUAUAUCCAUUUUUGUAAAAACAAAAAUUUAAUAUCGGGUUUCCUAGAAACUUUUAUUACUUUCAUACACUGGUUUUGAGAUUUUAUAACAACGAAACCUGGCAAGGAUUGGCUGUAGCUUGCUAGCUUUGGAAACACUGGAUUUUUUCCCCCCUUCUCCUAUCGACAAAGGCUGUUAAUGAGCCAGCGAAGACCUCGAGCAAGAUAAAUUAUACGACGUUUUUUAAAUAUCGUACAGCGUAGUAAUAGCCGAUGCACUGUCUUCCCUGUGUUUUAAAGCGGCCGGCCGUUUCUGCUGUUUGCAAAGCUAACGUUAAACGCAGAAGAGAGCAUAGCUAACGUUAACGGCAGCCAGCCUCAGGAAAGAAUGACGGCUGUUCAGCUGAUAAAUAUCCAACGGUUAUUGGAAGCAGCGGAAUACCUAGAAAGGAGAGAAAGAGAGUGCGAACACGGAUAUGCUUCGACAUUUCCGUCAAACCAGAACACAAACUACCAGAGGCAAAGAAAAUUCCGAAAUAAGAAAUUCAGCAGUAACCACAAUAGGUCCACACAUAAUGAGCUGGAGAAGAAUAGACGAGCUCACCUGCGGCUGUGUCUCGAGCGGUUGAAGGCCCUUAUACCCCUGGGACCCGACUGCAACCGCCACACCACCCUGGGCCUGCUCAACAAAGCCAAAGCACACAUAAAGAAACUUGAAGAUGCGGACAGGAAGAGCCAGUACCAGCUGGAGUCUCUGGAGCGCGAGCAGAGGCACCUCCAGCGCCAACUGGAGCUGCUAAGGGGAGGCAGUGGUGCUGCAGCCCAGAGCAGCCCAGGGGAGGGGGAGAGGAUACGCAUGGACAGCGUAGGUUCCACCCUCUGCUCCGAUCGCUCCGACUCUGACCAAGAGGAGAUUGAAGUGGACGUGGAAAGCACGGAGUUCUCCCAUGGAGAGCUGGACAGUGUGAGCACGGCCAGCACCAGCGACCUGGACGACCACAGCAGCCUGCAGAGCAUGGCCAGCGACGAGGGCUACUCCUCCUGCAGUGUCAAACUUGCCUUCUCCUCCUAGAGCCCCCUGCACCAUCAACACCACCACGACCUCCCUGCCAAACCCACCCGCCCUCCUGUUUGUUUAUCUGUUUCUCAGCCAUGCCUACAGACGUACAUCCACGCACCUCCAACGACGGCCACGCUCCCAGCUAACGGCGUUCCCGUCGCUCCUGCCUCUCAGCAGCGCCUCCUUCCCCUCCUCACCUCCACGCUGCUGUUGGAGGAACUCUGAGCAGAACUUUGAGCCGCCCCGACCAACCAACACUGACAGCAGGGACCCGAACACAGUGAUGUCAGACUGCCAAUUGGUUGUAAUCUUCAUUUAAAGGGAGAUCAGAUAUUUGGUUGAUAAGAAAAAUAUGUAUCAUCUUGAUUUUUAAACCCAUACAACUGUGAAGGAAGGUGGUCGCACACUUAUAGCCACGAUGCAAGAAUAGUUUAUUAAGUUACCGACAUUUCGGCAUGACAGCCUUCUUCAGGUUUAGACUGUCACGUCAAAAUGUUGGUAACUUAAUAAACUAUUCUUGCGUCGUGGCUACGUGUGUGCAGCUACCUUCCUUCAUGCGUGUACUUUCAUCGUGGUCAGCACCUCUCCAACACUCCUCUCCCAUCCUGUAAAACCAAACAAUUGAAAUGAAUGAUUGAUUUUACUUACUUUAUUUCCCUGAACUGUCAGAUAUCUGAAUUUUUAAAGAUACACAACCCCAAAUUUGACCCAAAAUGCACUCAAAUUCGUAUAAUAUCGAAAUAAUUUAGAGUUUCUGUUCAGUUCUCUCUUUUAUGUGUAUGUGUGUAUGUGUGUGUGUGUGUGUGUGUGUGUGAGAGGGUCUUGAGCUGAUCCUGCUGUGUAUUCAGUUUUAACGUUCUGGUGUCGGGCCUGGAUAAACAGGAGCACAUCUAAUCUGGACAUCAAUGAACACUUUGGGUGAACUUUGCCAUAUCAUCUCAGCUCGGCCCUGAUAAAAGUCCCCUCUGCCCCGAAUUUAAUCUCAUCCUAUUGUUUUUUUCAUUACCUCCGCUCGACACUGCAGAAGCUUGGACACUCGAACUGGUGCUAUUGUGAAACAAACCAACGGGGAAGCAGAUCAGAUCCACCGCCACUACGCUUUUAAAGCAAACAAAGUGUGUCUGCCGUGGUUUCCAACCAAGCACAGAGGAAAAAAACAACCACAGAAAUGGAGGGGAAAAAAAACAUUCCUGUCGAAUGUGGGUGCUCAGUGCAUUUAAAGAGUGGAAAUUGUAA